GGCGGGGCAUCCAUCGAUUAGCCAGCGUUCCCGACUCGGCGAAAGGACUCUCUCGCCGCCGCAUCCGCCGCCGCCGGCCGACGAGGAGGAGGAGGAGGAGAUGUUCUUCCACAUCGUGCUGGAGAGGAACAUGCAGCUGCACCCGCGGCACUUCGGCCCGCACCUCCGCGACAAGCUCGUCGCCAAGCUCAUGAAGGACGUCGAGGGCACCUGCAGCGGGCGGCACGGGUUCGUCGUGGCGAUCACGGGGGUGGAGGACAUCGGCAAGGGGCUCAUCCGGGAGGGCACGGGCUUCGUCACCUUCCCCGUCAAGUACCAGUGCGUCGUCUUCCGCCCCUUCAAGGGCGAGAUCCUCGAGGCCGUCGUCACCAUGGUCAACAAGAUGGGGUUCUUCGCAGAGGCUGGUCCCGUGCAGAUCUUUGUGUCAAACCAUUUGAUUCCUGAUGAUAUGGAGUUCCAGUCUGGUGAUGUGCCAAACUACACAACUUCCGAUGGAUCGGUGAAAAUUCAAAAAGAAAGUGAGGUUCGUCUGAAGAUUAUAGGCACUCGUGUUGACGCAACAGAAAUUUUUUGCAUCGGCACAAUAAAAGACGACUUUCUGGGUGUUAUCAGUGAUCCUGGUGGAGCGCUGUAAAUACUGCGCCCUCAUCAUGCUCUCCAACUUCUACAUCAUGAUAAGCUUGUAACGUUGAAUUCCAGAAGUCCCCAAGGAAGGUUGUAAUUUGGUUUUCCUACUGUGUCCUGAUGUAAAAUGUGCUGUCAUGCUUAUCUAAUGGAGUUCUGGGUCAUACUACUGUUCAAAAAAAGUAACUGGGACCUGUAAUAUCAUAACUAGGAUCUCUUUUAACUCUAGUGGUUGAUUUGUUUGGAUUCAAGCAGUUGUUUGAACUUCCAGACCAGAUUGUGCAAUUAUAUGUUCACUCACACUUGACAAUGGUAA